GUAAAAAUCCUAACCUAACUUACUCUUGAACCAUCCAAACCCAAACAACAAACAAAACUCUUGUUUACAUCUUCUGUUUCUGUUCUCUACUCGAUAAUUUGUAGUUUAAAAGUAUCAGACAUGACGAAAAAACGUAAAUUGUCAGAUUCAUCAAGUCCACUAAAAGUGGAAGUGAAAGAGGAAAAUCUAUUAGGAAAUGAUUAUCUGAUGGCCAAAGGACGUUUAAAGGGGGUUCUGAAGCAACUUACUGAACAAUCCUCCGGAGAUGAAAGUGACUCUUCAGGUGACAACAAAAGACACCAAAAAGAGUCCCGUAGAAAGAGAAAUGUUGAGAAUAUGCCCACUCCUUACCACCACACUUAUGUAAUGAAAUUGUUUGAUAGAAGUGUGGAUCUAGCAAGAUUUGAGGAGGAUACACCACUGUAUCCUAUUUGCAGAGCUUGGAUGCAAAAUCAGCCUAGGAAUGCUCAACCACUCACUAUCAAAAGAAGAUUAUCAUCACCAGAACCUGCUACCUCACCUAUUAGUGUCAAAGAUAACUCCUGGAAUGAAAAUGAAAAUACUGAAUCAGAAGUAAAUUUACUACCACCACCUGUGGGUAUCCUGGAAUCAAGAAUUCCAUCCCCCAUACCUGAACAGGAACAGAAUAAGGAUAACAUUAAUUUAGAUUAUGAUGAAAGUCCUCCUGUAGACAAAAACAUCCUGAUGCAGAUGCAUAUGAAAAGAUGGGUUAAAGUCAAGGCAAAGUGGGCUGAAACAGCUGCCAAAAAUGAAUCAAGGUACUCCAGAAGCAUGGAAACACUGAAUGGAAUUUACAAUAAGGCACAAGAAGACAGUUCAUGAAAGUGUUGUAGAAUUAAGUAGAAUUGAAACACAAUGAAAUUUUAAUUGUUUUUUUAAUGAAUAUAUUAUAAUUUGAAUAAAUAAAUUUAUAAAUGUAGGAACUAUAAUAACUAAUGAUUCUCAAAUAAAAAUGUAAUCUUAGAAAGUACUUUUCAAGCACCAACUUGAAAAAAAAAAUCAGCCUGUAAAUAUUCAAAUAAAUGUUAGGAAGAAAUUGAUUACUUAUGUUUAAGCACAGUUAUGCUCUCCCAGAAUUAAUUACCUAAAUACACUAGUUGAGGUAUGUAAGUGAUAUUCGUUACAAGUGUUCCACCAUUAUUUUGUGAUAACAGAUUGUCACAAAUAAAAUUAUUACUGGAUAUUGGUCGAAUGUGUACAUAUCUUUUUUGUUCAUUCAUUUUAUUUCAUGCAAGUAGAAGGGAUUACAAUUGUUCCAAAAUAAACCUUCAGGCGCAGGCGUUGACUAAAUGAGAGAAUAGACUGUCCUUUUUUUACGGAUUUAGGAUAAAUUAGAAAUGAAAACUGAAAUUGACACCGUUUUUUUUUUGUAAAACAUGAAAUAGUUAUUUAUUAUACAAGGGAAAAAAGUAGUAGAUUUUAGCUCCAGGUAAGCUAAAAUCUAAUAUUUUUCCCGUGUAUAACAGAAGAAAGGACGAAUCAAUUAUUGAAAAGAUAUUACAUUAUUUUGAAAUCUGAAAAUUAUCGACGUGAAAUUUCAAGUUUAACAGUAAGGACACCUGCCUUGUAGGCUUCUUUAUCAUUCUUUUGAAGUAAUCAAAUAUCUGAUGUCACUUCUGUCAGUCUAAUUCUGUGAUUUGAUUUAAAAAAAUUGCGAAUUUAGUGGUUGUUUAGUAAUAUACGUAACCGCGAAGUCGAAUGGAAGAUAAAAGGACUUGCAGUUCUUUCUCGGAGAUGGUAUUAUUGACUCAUUUUUCGGAACUAUAGCACAACAAAAGCCAUCAACAGUGUAUAUACACAUACAGGGUGUUUUAUAAUUGAAUGCUGAUCCUAAAGGGCGAUGAUCCUUGGAUGAUUUUAAGGAGAGAAGUUCAUAUCAACAUAUGUCCUGAACCUCUUAGUUUCUGAGCUACAGGGUGUUGAAAUCAGAAGCGUACAGCGUUUUUUUAAACUAAACAUUCAAUAUCAGGUCUACGAGGACAUCACUGGUAAAAGUAAAAGUUUGAUUUUCGUCCCGAAACAAAAUGUGUUUCCACUUAUAGUGGGUGUCUACUGAAUAACCGAAAACAAUAUACAAGAACUGAAGGAACAAAAUUCUUUGGUUUUUCUUUUUUUACGCGAAAACGGUACGUUGUAUGAAAGUAAGUAUAGGAACCAAAUUUGCUCCAGAAUAAAUAAGAAUUGAAAAAAAAAUCUGGUUCUCAGAAAAAUCAGUGGCGUACUAUUUUUUUCUUAAAAAAUUGUCAGUUCAAACUCCGUACGGACGCCACUGGUGAGAAUUUUUAAAUAUCUUUCACAUAAAAAAAUGCUCCUUAAUAAUGAAAAGGUGUAUACAAAAUAUCAUAACAAUAUCUAAGAGUGAUGAAAAACUAUGAUGAAAAACUCAUUUUUUGCUUGAAAUUUCAUCAUCCUGUAGCUCAAUAACUAAGAGGUUUAGGACAUAUGUUGAUAUGAACUUUUCUCUUUGAAAUCAUCCAAGGAUUAUCGCCCUUAAGGAUCAGCAUUCAAUUAUGAAACACCCUGUAUAUGUGAUAUAUAUCCGGGAAAAGAGUACUCACUUGUUUCUCACAGGAAAAAAGUAAUUUAUGAAAAGUGACAUUUCAUAACCUGUCAUUAUAGAUGAAAUGCCAAACUUUUUUCCCGUCACAGAAAAAAUUAUAAUAUUCCAGAAAACUGAUGAAUCAAUUCUUGAUUAUUCCCAAAAGAUGGAGUCUGGUGUGGAAAACUAGUGUGGCAUUAUGAAAAAUGUCUCUUCUCCUUUAAAUUUUUUGGCUACUUCUUAGAAUUACCUAGUCAGGAUUUUUGUUUAUAUUUUUAACAUAUAGAUUUUAGCUCUACCAACGCGACAUCUAGUAUCUUUCCCGUUAUAAUACACUUUUUUUUUCUGUGGGAGGAAAAUCGACGAUUCAAUAUUGAGAAGAUUUUACAUUAUAUAAAAUCAGAAAAAUAUUUGUUAUCGAACUUUCAUGAUAUGGAAUAUAAGCUUUUAUAUUUCCUAGUUAUUAAAAUUAGAAAUCUUUGAGGUGUGUCCUGUACAGUUCACUUGAAAUAUCACAUUCACCGUUCAUUUCCAUACUUACAAAUUUAAAAAUAGGUAUCACUUGAAAACUAAUGACAGUCUAUUCUUUUCAUCUAGUCCAGGCUUCAGAUCACAUAUUUCAAAUCUCCGUUACAACCGAUAGAGCAUCUUUUAUGUAACAAUAUGACAUUUGAAUAAGAAAUUCCAUGAACGCCUCUCAUAGUCCAAGAGCAGGCUGCAAAUUUCAUCUGAUAAAGAAAUAAUAUAUGUCCCAAAGGCAUGUAAAACAUUGUUAUUUAUCUCACGACACCUGUGCCAAUCACUAUCCUGAGCAAAAUGAUUGAAAAAUUGCACUUUCCUGUGAAAAUGUUCACUGGAUUUCGCGAUAUCAUAACGAGAUAAGAAUUAUGCCAUCCGGUACCAAUUGAAUGGGCUCAAAAACCUACCUGUGUCAGUUGAAACAAAAGGCAAAUGAAAGGGGAUGAUGUCCCUUUUGCGAAUAUCCAAUCGCGCCGCGAUUCAAACUGAUCUAAGUUAGUGGAAGAGCGUCAAUAUUUGAACAAAAUAUUGAUUUGAAUAUUAGUAUAAAAAAUGGAAGAUUGAAGCAAACUGCCUAUACCAAAUACCUUGGUAUUUGGAUUGAUGAAAAGUUAACAUGGGACAAGCAUAUUGGCAUGCUCAAAGAAUAAAAUUCUCCCAUAGUUGGUGCCCUAAGAAGAUGUCCAGAACUCAUCCCAAAUAUAGCAAUUACCGUUUUAUACGCUCACAUCCUUAGUAAAAUGAACUAUCUCAUAAAUAUUUGGGGUUCAUGUUCCAAGAAUAGUUUCAACAAAAUAUCUGUACUAUAUAAAGAAGCAUUAAAAGUACUUCCAUAUGAUACCCCAUUAAAUCAACUUAAUGAAGAAACAAAUAAGCAAAUACAUUUUCUUUGGAAGAGCACUAUCUGAUAAAUACUCUCAAAAUUUCUUUUGGUAUUAUCAAAAAACACCUCAAACACUUGAUAUUGGUAAGGAAUUCUCAUGAAUAUCAUACUAGACAAUAUGACUUGUUUCAUCUUGAUGCUGCUAAUUCUACACUUGGCCAAAAAGAGUUCACUGACGGAGCUAUCUCAAAAUUCAAUAAAUUACCUUAUGAUAUCCAAAGUUGCACAAAUAUUACCCAAUUCAAAAUAAAAGUCAAGAAACAUAUCCUCUUGCAAAGAAAAAAUCAAACCUGAGUGAAUGAAUUCUCAUUCACUAAUUUAUUUCAUCAUGUCAUAAUGUUGUACUUACCAUGAGCAUUUUAUUUUAUAAUUAUUAUUUUCGAAUUCUGUUGUUUAUUUGAAUAACUUAGAUUUAAUAACGCAUGAAUAAUCCCAUGCCAGAUAUGAAUCUGUCUAAUUAUUGAUGUUAUUUCAUUGUAAAUAUUAAUAAAAUAUAUUUAUAUUCAUACAGGGUGUUAACAAAUAAGUGUCACAUUGGAAAACUGUAGAUUUUUCAGAAUAAGAGAAACAUUUCUUUCUUCUUGAACAUUUUUCUCCGGGCUUCCGUUUUCAAGAUACAGGGCGUCAAAAAAUAGAAAAUGUUCAGUUUUAUUAAACACACUUUACAACACUUAAUAAACUUGACAAUUUGAAAACCAGCAUCGAGACCAGCAUACUCAAGAACCUGACAUCUUAUUGAACAUAUUAUUGGACGAUUUUUGGAGAUACCAUCAGGAUUUUGUAUGUUCUUAUUCAUGAACAGUCAUUUUUAGCGAAACUGUUCACUUUAGAGCAUUGAGACAAGAGAGCGUUUUUUGUGCAAAAGGUAUUGGCGCUUCAGAAUCUACUUGGGGGGUUAAACCCCUACGAUACGUUGAAUUCUCCUCCACUGACAUGUGCAAGGAAAUUGAUCAAGGGCCCUAAAAGUAGUCAUUAUUGAUGAUGAAAUGUGUACGAAGGCUUAACUCCGUAGCUCAAACGGUCCCUAAGAUAGUAGCAAAAAACAGAUUUUUUUUUUGUAUUCAUUUGACGCCCUGUAUCUUGAAAACGGAAGUCCGGAGAAAAAUUUCGAAAGGGAAAAAAAUCUCUUUUUUCAUGUGGAAUCUACAGUUUUUCGUUGUGACACUUAUUUAUUUACACCCUGUAUGAGAUGCAAUGUAAUGUUUAUAGCAAAGAAUGAAAUAAAUAUAUUAUUAUUAUUAUUUCCGAGAAUAUUUCGCCACUCUGAAGAUAAUAUCAGAUGGGCCAGUGUGAAACUCAACAUGUGGAUUAGAAUACUUCUAGUGCGAGCACCAGAUGAGUUUCACAAUGAUCCAUCGGAUAUUAUCUUUCCACGAGGACGAAAUAUUCUCGGAAAUAUUGACGCUCUUCCACUAAUAACUUAGAUCAGUUUGAAUCGCGGCACGUUUGAAUAUUCGCAAAGGGGACAUCAUCCCCUUUUAUUUGCUUUUUGUUUCAACUCGUUCUCACAUGACGGAAGUAUGUCCGGAAUGAGAGAAGCAAAUACAUUGUUGUGCCGUGGAUUUAAGAGUUGAUUGUCUUUAUUACCCCAAGAAACAUUAUUGUUUAUAAUAGGGAUAUAUACAACAAAACAUACAUAUUGAGAUGUAGCGCAGGUAGGUUUUUGAGAUCUACCAUUCAAAGUAUUGAAAAGAACUACACAAAUAAAGUAUCUUGGUAUGUGGGUUGAUGAAAAUUUGAAAUGUGACAAGCAUAUAGAGGUUCUGAUACAAAAAAUAUCUCCGAUCAUUGGACCUUUGCGAAGAUGUCCUAAACUUGACAAAAAAGUCAUAAACAUAGUAUUUCAUUCUCAUAUACUCAGUCGUAUUACCUAUAUGAUAAACGUUUGGGGAUCUUGUUCAAAAAAUUAUUUCAGUAAAAUAUCUGCACUUUAUAAGAAAGCACUGAAAGUACAAAUGAUCUGUAUGCGAUAACAGAAAAAUUUUCAUUGGAUGGAUUAUAUAAAAUAGAUUCUCUUAAAGUUUCAUAUAAUAUAAUGAACAAUAAUCUGAAAUCCAAUUUUAUUUUGAUAAGAAACUCAGAAAUUCAUGGUCAUCACACGAGACAAUCAAACUUAUUUCAUCUUGAUUCUGCUACUUCUAUAAUUGGCCAAAAAAAAUUUACUCACGCUGCUCUAAAUGAAUUUAAUAAAUUACCACAUAAUAUAAAAAAUGGCAGACAUAUUUCAAAAUUUGAAAUUGAAUUAAAAAAACACAUAAUUUCAUUACGAAAUGGAUAAAAUUCAUACUUUGCCAUCUACUGAUUUGUCCCUGUGGCUAUUUUUAUGACUUGAUCGAUUCAGCAUUUUUAGAUUUUUGUUGUUGUUGUCACCUUAUAUUAUUUUAUUAUUGUUGUUUGUAAUCAACUUCCUCAUACCAGAAUUUUAUUUCUGAAUGGAAGCUGGUUUUUCAAUAAACAAUAAACUUUAAUUGGUAUCGGAUGGCAUAACUCUUAUCUCGUUAGCAAAUCGCGAAAUCAAGUGCGAAUUUCCGCACAGGAAAGUGCACUUUUUCAAUCAUUUUGCUCAGGAUAGUGAUUGGCACAGGCGCCGUUCGAUAAAUAACAAUGUUUUUGGGACGGUAGAAAUUUGCAGCCGGCUCUCCAACUAUCAAGAAAUAAUCCCCCUGAUAUCAUCACAAACAUGCCAGAAACAAUCUUCAGAAGGCCUAUACAUUCGCAGUAUUUCAGUCAUCGCCAGAAGAAAUAAAGAAUCGUUCUAUUGACCACAUGCAAUAGCAAAUCGGUCGCAUCUCCUUGAGCAUUCUCAGGUUGGCAACAAUCUGCCAUUAGCUGUCAUUACUGUCACUGCAUCACAACCUAUAACCUGGCCAUUUCAUCCACCUACAUUUCUUCAGCCACAAUGUUCAAUAAAUGAGACUAUGUCAUGCGGAAAAACUUCUAAUAAUGUAAAAACUUCACAAACGAUAAGAUUUCCACAAAAUCAAAAGACAUGUUUCGAUAACACAGUAGCUUCGUCAGCUAUUCAACGGAAAAAACAAUAUUAAGGAAAAUAGACACCAACAAAAACAUUUCUUUUCUAGCAGCUUUAUCAUGCUACCAACUUUCAGUCACUAAUUAUCCACUGAAAUAUGAUUUUCUUCAGGAAAUAAUAAUCUCCGCUUCAAAUUAGUGUUAUGUAUGAUCUAUCAUUCAGUAGCCAAAUUCAUUUACGUUGAUUUUUUCCGAGAUUUUUUCAGUACUAAAAUGAUUCCAAAGUCAUCUACUAUCAAAAUACCAUCAAACUACUUUACAUAUAUAACCAAAGUUUUGAACACUUGUUGAAGUUACAAUUAGAAGAAAUCAAAAAUUUUCAAGAACUAAAAGUUGCAAUAGAAUGUUCAAAUUCGAGAAACGUGUGUAAAAUUGAAGUAGAAACAACUUUUCUUAGUAAACUUUUUUGAAAAUCGAACAAAUAGGCCUAUUAUCAGUGAUUAAUUUGUUGACAUGUAGCAAAAGUCACGUGACUCCGAGCUAGUGGACAAUUUUUCAUCUUUUCUAAAACCAAACUCUACGCCCAAGUCGAAUUUCAAAAUAAAUUACUACGUAUUGAAAGUUUUACCAAUAUGAAGCCAACUUUAUGAAUGACACUAUACAGGGUGGGACACCAGUAACGCCUCGGUCUCUAGAAGGCUAACCACUUAUCUUCUUGGAAUUCUUCCUCUCUAGGAAGUUGCAUGUCAACAUAGGCUACCAUUUGAAAUUAUUUUGAAACAUACAGGAUGUCCCCAAAAAUCACAAAACACUGAAGUUGAACUUUUUUCAAUCGAACACCCUAUAUAUUAUUUCAUUUUGAGAUUCUCCCUGAUGAGCUGAUUUCAACGACCCAUCAUACUUGGGGUCUAGCAGUUAUAAUUACUAAGAUAUAGGGUGUGAGAAAUCGAGAUUUUCCAAGUUCAAGAAUUUUUUGUGUCUAAACCAUUCAUAAUUGGUCAAAACGGCUCACAUGUCCCUAUCUCAACUUUUGAUCAACUAUCUACUGACAUUUAAUUGAAACAAAUACAGGGUGGUGCAGAAUUCAGAAUCUUGAUCACCCGGUAUAUGUCCCAAUUAAAUAUCAGUAGAUAGUUGAUCAAAAGUUGAGAUAGGGACAUGUAAGCCGUUUUGACCAAUUAUGAAUAGUUUCGACACAAAAAAUUCUUGAACUAGGAAUAUCUCGAUUUUUCACACCCUAUAUUUCAGUAAUUAUAACUGCUGGACCCCAAGUAUGAUGGGUCGUUGAAAUCAGCUCAUCAGGGAGAAUCCCAAAAUGAAAUAAUAUAUAGGGUUUUCGAUAGAAAAAAGUUCAACUUCAGUGUUUCAUGGUUUUUGGGGACACCCUGUAUGUUUCCUAGAGAGGAAGAAUUCCAAGAAGAUAAGUGGUUAGCCUUCUAGAGACCGAGGCGUUACUGGUGGCCCACCCUGUAUAUGAAUAAAAAAGAGAAUAGAUAAAAUGAGUUAUAAACUUGAAGAAUUGUUUGUAGAGGAAUUUCAAUUUCCCGCUAUCAUUGACAGUAAUGACAGUUGACAUUGAUGACACAAAUGUGACAGAUUGUUGCCAACCUAAGAAACCUCAAGCAGUUGCACCACAGCUAUUGCACACUGUUAAAUUACUUUUCCUUCAGGGACAGUGCCAAUAUCUCUUCCAGCAGCUGUUGUUCCUCUUUUCGCUCCUCUUCCUCCCUUUGCCGUUUCCUUUCUAGUUCUUUUUGCGACAACAAGAGGGCCAUGUGCAAGUCGCUGUCGCCUUCCGGGGUACUCGACUCCGGCACUUCCGGAUCUUCGGUGUCGUGCUGAUAAAGCUCUAAGCUGGCUUGGAUCGCUCU